AGCAUGAUGGACACAUUAAUUAUAUACUGAUUGCGGAGAUUCCGGUGUGCGGUUUGUUUUAUCUCCCUGCCGAGUCCUGGCUGCCAAGGGAAACCGGGGAAAGUUUGAAGGGAGCAGGAGGGGAGCAACAGUAUAUGACUUUGUAAUCCAGAGCUAUCAAGGAAGUUUCCAAUCCAAAUAUCACAGUUGUGUCCUCGAUCAAUUCUCUUACUCGCACUACCUCAAUGGAGUCAUCCCAGCCUUCCCAAAGGUCUGCUGCAGGUAAUCAGAUUUCGGCAGGUGCAGCAAUUCACGGGAAGCCGCCAUUAAAAGGAAACAUUCAACAUGAAUCUUACUCCCGCGUCUCAAAUAGAAGGUCUCCAGGAAAUGACCAGAAACUGGCGAAACUACAAGAAGAAAAUAUCAAGCUUAAACAGGAACUCGAAGACAUGAGGAAUCAGUAUAAACAGCUUGUCGAAGAAGGCAAGAAUGAAUGCUUGGAUGAGCGGCGCAUAACCCUUUUGAAAUCUCAGGUGUUACAGCUGCAGAGGCAGGUGAUGCUGUUAACAGAAGGAUUGAACUCAAGAGCUUCUUUCAUGCUGGAGCUGGAUAAUGCUUUACAACCUGUCGUUGAUAAGUUAAGGUGCUUGUUGGCUAUUGAAGGCCGCACUUCAGAGGUUCCAAUAAGUCGGGCUGGUUUAAUACAAAUGAUUGAAAUGUGCCAAGCGAUGCAGGACAAGUUACACCGGAAUCAUAAGGCAACCAGUGUAGAUAACCUAGCGUUGCCUUGGAUCUUAUCUGGAAGAAAUGCUACAAAAAGUCCAGUGACUCUUCUUGACCUUUGCUUUGGAAAGACAGACAACCUUAACCUGCUAUAUGUGAGUGCUUUGGAAGGAAAACUUAGCACAUUGUUCAGACACCUGCAUGCUACAAGACAAACAUUGAGCCUUAUUUUAGCCCCUGGGCCAGAGUCUCCGGAGUCGAGUCAUCACAUACUACCGACUGUUUUUUAUGCAAGGUUAAUAAAUCAUUUGACAAGAUGCAACCAGUCCUUAGAGGAAUGCUGCCAGGAUUUGCUCACUAUGACACUGAUCGUACCAUCUGCACCUUGGGCAAAACUGGAGUGUCCUGUAAGCCAAGACUUUACUGUGGAAAAUGUGCUCUCAGCUCUGCCAGCAUUUCCCAAGGGCGCUCCACAGCAACGAGCGAAGAGAGCCGCAGAAGCAUUAGUAAAAGCCGCCAAUUAUUCCAGGCUAAUGGCCCUGCAACAGAUUGAAGCAUUGGAAGCAGAACUCGAUUUCCACCGGAGUAUUUACAGCCUCCAAGUUCAGUACAGUGAGGCCCUUUUUCAAGGAAUAAAACAAGCCUAUCACAAUUUUCAGGAAAACGUUGUUACUGUGGUUUGUUGUCCACUAAACGAUAUCCUUUCCUCCUAUUCUGAACUUAAAAUGGAAGGCUCUGAGGAAGCUCUGAGAAACUUCUUGACAGUUUUUAAAAACAAUGUGGAACAGAUUCAGGAUGCUGUUGACACCUUGACUCCAUCAAAGAAACAGCAACAUGAAGGUAAUGAGGCCAUUUCAAAAUUGGGGAAAGAUUUCUUCCUUGCUUUAGAGAGCUCACUCAAGAUUUGUGGAGAAAAGCGUGAUAAAUCUGCUUUGGAAAUUGCAACUUUAAGACAUGAACUGGAUACAUCUUUAGAAACACUCAACUCCUUGAAAAAAGAAAGGAAACCAAAGGGUUCUUCCAAAGACUCUACAAGGUCUGAAGUAGAAAGUCUUGAAGGCACUGGAUUAAGUUCUGCUGACCCAGGACAAGAAAGAGAUAGCGAGAAGGCUUCUCGGCAGUUGGGUUACAGGAGAAAACAUUCCCAACCUUCUCUUUCUACUAAUGAUAGAGAGACCAUAGACAGACUAACAUCACAAGAAAAUAAAAGCUCUCUUCCAGUUCCCCAUCAAAGAAGCAAAAGCCUGCAGAGGAGUAAGAGCGUUAAAUAUCCAUCACAGCCUCCCUGGCAGGAUUAAAGGAACAUGAAAUAUUUAAGAAACUCAUGAAUAGCCUACAACAUUGUGGAAUAGGCAACUCUUUUUAUCUCAUGACCGCUCGAGCAAGUCAAUGUUCAGUUUGAAUUUCUGAGCUACGUUGUUCUCUUUACAAAAUGGAAUAAAAUACAAGAAAUAUAAAUACGAUUGAUCGGUGUGUUUCAGUUGGAUAUGGGAUCACACCACGGAGCAGUUGGAAUGCUAGUCCAUCAGUUACAGCGCUCUGAUAACAUUUUCCUUAUCGACUGAAUCAUCUAAAUGGUUGUUCCUUCCAGAAUAAAGGGAACUAUCAUUUGAUGAACAGAUAUUAGAUGAGAUAAGCUUCUUUUUGUUUGGCAUUUUCUGUUGACUUCUAGUUGGAACAUGCUAUUCAGUUACAAGAGAUAUGCUUGCCUACCCUAAUAGAAUGUAUCCUUCAAAGCACUUUCAAGGUCUUUGCUUAUUUUGCAAAGACCCUCAGAGGUCACAUCCCUUGUUUGAUAUGGAGCGGCUGGAAGAGAAGCUAAUAGGAGAUUUACUUACCUUAUUUUCAUUGUGUUAUGCAUCUUCAGCGCUUGGCUCUUUAUCCAACAAGAGACCUUGUAACUGUUGUACCCUGGUACAUGUCCAUGAAUACUGCAUAAAUGUCUAGGGAAGAUACUGCUGGAUCCUACGUCAAAUAACUUCUGUAAUAAACGGGAAUUGGUUUAAUGAUAUCUAUUGAUUGCUUUAGAAUUACAAUGAGUUUGAAGAC